AACCAUUACCAAAGUAAAGCUGAGGUGGCAAAAAUCGACAGGACAACUUUUGGGACAUCUGUUAAGAUUACAAUUUUUCGAUUUUCCUUAUCUUCCUUUCUAUCUUAACCCCGUCGAGGACCCGGCAGGAAUGGAGCAAGCUCUUAAUUGAUGCCAGCUUCAAAAACAAACUCAAAGACUGAAACUUUUCAGACAGUUCCAAUUGAAACCCAAAAACAAUGUGUUGUAUUUCAGUUUCUUCUUUUACUACUUUCUUUGUCCCUCCAAAAAUAACAUCUUUGUCCAAUUACAAGCCCAGAUUCAUCCACUGUUCUCUUGAGGGGAGUGGAGUAGAACCAAAAGCUGCAGUGGCUGCUGAACCCUUGUUGCUCAGUGCUGUUCGAGGGCAAGAUGUUGAAAGACCACCAGUUUGGCUAAUGAGGCAAGCAGGGAGGUAUAUGAAGAGCUACCAAAUUAUCUGUGAAAGAUAUCCUUCAUUUCGUGAAAGAUCAGAAAAUGUUGAUCUUGUUGUUGAGAUUUCACUGCAGCCAUGGAAUGUUUUCAAGCCUGAUGGGGUCAUUUUAUUCUCUGAUAUUCUUACUCCUCUCUCUGGGAUGAACAUUCCUUUUGACAUUGUGAAAGGUAAAGGUCCGGUUAUCUUCGACCCUCUAGCCACUGCUGCUGAUGUUGAUCAAGUGAGAGAAUUCUAUCCUGAGCAGUCUGUGCCAUAUGUCGGCAAAGCAUUGACAAUCUUGCAGAGAGAGGUAGACAACAAAGCUGCAGUUCUGGGUUUUGUUGGUGCUCCAUUCACUCUAGCAUCAUAUGUAGUUGAAGGUGGCUCAUCAAAGCACUUCACCAAAAUAAAAAGAUUAGCCUUCUCUCAACCAAAGGUACUUCAUUCUUUGCUUCAGAAAUUUGCAACCUCCAUGGCCAAGUACAUUCAGUACCAAGCUGACAAUGGAGCUCAAGCUGUUCAAAUUUUUGACUCUUGGGCAACAGAGCUCAGUCCAGUGGAUUUUGAGGAGUUCAGCCUGCACUAUUUGAAGCAAAUUGUAGAUGCGGUAAAACAAACUCAUCCAAAUCUUCCUUUAAUCCUUUAUGCAAGUGGAUCUGGGGGCUUGGUAGAAAGGCUAGCUUUAACAGGUGUGGAUGUAGUUAGCUUAGAUUGGACAGUUGACAUGGCUGAAGGUAGAAGGCGACUUGGACAUGAUAUUGCCAUCCAGGGAAAUGUUGAUCCCGGUGUUCUUUUUGGUUCAAAGGAGUUCAUCACCAAUCGGAUACAUGACACCGUGAGAAAAGCUGGUAAAGGAAAACAUAUAUUGAAUCUAGGUCAUGGGAUUAAAGUAGGUACACCUGAGGAAAAUGUUGCCCAUUUCUUUGAGGUUGCUAAAGCAAUCAGAUACUAAAAGUGAUACGGGAUUAACUAAUUUCCUACUGAAAAGAGUUUAAUGUCUCUUUAGGUUCUUUUUCCCAGCCCUUGAUUCUUCAUUUGUUCCAUGGUGGAGAAACAUAAUAGAGUAAUAAAAUUUUGUUGACAGCUUCCAGUCCUCAAGUCUAGGAGUGAAGAUAAAAUUUGACAUUCACUCCUUACUGCACAGGGUUCUGCCUUGCUGUCUCCUCUCCCUUCACUGUCCCUUGCCAUUCUUAUUCUAGCUUCGAUUCAAUUUGUUAAGCCAUACUUGGCUGGGCAUUCAAGCUAUUCAUUUCAAAAUGAACUGAGAAUCUACAAUUAGUUUUUGGAAGUUUCUUUCUACCAUCUGACAAGCGUUAGCCUUUGGUUUUGGUUUUGGUUUUUUUUUUUUUUUUUUUUUCUCAUUUUUUAGGCUGUCAGGAUUUAAACUCAAAUUAUCGGAAGAAACCAACACUGCUGCUUGUGGCUGAUUUUGUUUCAUUGUAAUACUUGGACAAGUUAAAUGUAGAGUUAAUGGCUUGAGCUCAUUUAAAACAAGAAAAAGAAAGAGGUUUGGUUUAUGAAAAGAAAAAAAGAAUUGCCAUUUCUCAAAUCCUUUCUUUUGUUUUCCCCACUCCCCUUUUAGGGUGACCUUUUGUUUUCCUUCUUAAAUGAAUUUGAGAUCAAGUUGUUUCUUUUCCUUUUAUAUUAAGCAUUAUUUUCGUUGAAACAAAAGCAGAAGAUUUGAAGGUUACUUUAAUAAAAAUUUGUCAUGUUGACACAUGACCUGGUCGAAGACGGUUGAGUUCUGUUAUAGACACUCGUGCUGUUUAGAGUAUCCUAUAUAUAAUUACUGUAGGA